CCACUCCCCAUAUACCUCCGCACCCUCCCCUUAACGACAAAAAAUGGCAACAGAAUCUUUCGGCUUCCAGGCUGAGAUCUCUCAGCUACUGGACCUCAUCAUCAACACCUUCUACAGCAACAAGGAGAUUUUCCUCCGUGAACUGAUCUCGAACGCCUCCGAUGCCCUCGACAAGAUCCGUUACGCGUCGCUCACCGACCCGUCCGUGCUUGAAACCGGGAAGGACCUCUACAUCCGCAUCAUCCCCGAUAAGGAGAACAAGAUCCUAUCCAUCCGCGACACCGGUGUCGGCAUGACCAAGGCCGACAUGGUCAACAACCUCGGUACGAUCGCGAAGUCAGGUACCAAGGGCUUCAUGGAGGCGUUGAGCUCCGGCGCCGAUAUCUCCAUGAUUGGCCAGUUUGGUGUCGGUUUCUAUUCCGCGUACCUCGUCGCCGAGCGCGUCCAGGUCAUCUCGAAACACAACGACGACGAGCAAUACAUUUGGGAGUCCGCUGCCGGCGGUACCUUCACCAUCACCCCCGACACCAUCAACCCGCCUCUCGGCCGCGGUACCGAGAUCCGCCUCCACCUCAAGGAGGACCAACUUGAAUACCUCGAGGAGAAGCGCAUCAAGGACAUCGUCAAGCGCCACUCCGAGUUCAUCUCCUACCCCAUCCAGCUUGCAGUGACCAAGGAGGUUGAGAAGGAGGUUGAGGACGACGAGGUCGAGGAGAAGGAGGAGGACAGCGAGAAGCCCAAGAUCGAGGAGGUCGAUGACGAAGAGAAGGAGAAGAAGACCAAGAAGAUCAAGGAAAAGACCGUCGAGAACGAAGAGCUCAACAAGACGAAGCCUAUCUGGACUCGUAACCCGAACGACAUCACCCAGGAGGAGUACGCUGCCUUCUACAAGAGCUUGUCGAACGACUGGGAGGACCACCUCGCAGUGAAGCACUUCUCCGUUGAGGGUCAGCUCGAGUUCAAGGCAAUCCUUUACGUUCCCAAGCGUGCACCCUUCGACCUCUUCGAGACGAAGAAGAAGCGGAACAACAUCAAGCUUUACGUCCGUCGCGUCUUCAUCAUGGACGACUGCGAGGACCUCAUCCCCGAGUACCUCAACUUCGUCAAGGGUAUCGUCGACUCCGAGGACCUUCCUCUCAACAUCUCGCGUGAGACCUUGCAGCAGAACAAGAUCCUCAAGGUCAUCCGCAAGAACAUCGUCAAGAAGUGCAUGGACCUCUUCAGCGAAAUCGCCGAGGACAAAGACAACUUUGCGAAGUUCUACGAGGCGUUCGGCAAGAACCUCAAGCUCGGUAUCCACGAGGACGCUCAGAACCGCAGCAAGCUCGCCGAGUUCUUGCGCUUCUACUCAACCAAGUCCACCGACGAGCAGACCUCGUUGAAGGACUACAUCACCCGUAUGCCCGAGGUGCAGAAGUCCAUCUACUACCUCACCGGCGAGUCGCUUUCUGCCGUCAAGGAGUCGCCGUUCCUCGAGGUCCUCAAGAAGAAGGGCUUCGAGGUUCUUCUCCUGAUCGACCCCAUCGACGAGUACGCUAUCACCCAGCUCAAGGAGUUCGAUGGCAAGAAGCUCGUUUGCGUGUCGAAGGAGGGCCUCGAGCUCGAGGAGACCGAGGAGGAGAAGAAGGCGCGCGAGGAGGAGGAGAAGUCGUUCGCCGACCUUUGCACCGCCGUCAAGGACGCCCUGGGAGACAAGGUCGAGAAGGUCGUCGUCUCCAACCGCAUCACCGACUCGCCUUGCGUUCUCGUUACCGGCCAGUUUGGUUGGUCCGCGAACAUGGAGCGCAUCAUGAAGGCGCAGGCUCUCCGUGACUCGUCGAUGUCGUCCUACAUGGCGUCGAAGAAGACUCUCGAGCUCAACCCCCACAAUCCCAUCAUCAAGGAGCUCAGGAAAAAGGUCUCCGAGGACAAGGCUGACAAGUCUGUCCGCGACCUCACAUACCUCCUCUUCGAGACCGCGCUGCUCACCUCCGGCUUCACGCUCGACGACCCGACGUCGUUCGCGAAGCGCAUCCACCGUAUGAUCUCGCUCGGCCUCGACGUCGACGAGGAGGAGGAGACUCCCGCGCCCGCGGCGCCGGAGGCACCCGCACCAGAAGCGGAGGCGUCUACCUCGGCGAUGGAGGAGAUCGACUAAACAUCUGCCUCUGCGCUCGGACUGAUUGCUUUCGAGGUUUGCUUCAUUCAUUCGCUUGUACAUUGGGCAUCGUGUAGCAUAGAAACAAAGUAUCCACGCAUCGUAAUAUAUAUUCAACGGCAUCUGCAUGGAACUUAGUAUCUUGUGGUUCGUGAGCUGCUUGCAUCCCU